AUGGAUUCCUCCGAAUUGAGCGCCAUUAACGAGGAAGACGACGAGCUGCUUCAAACACCAGAGGACCUGGAAGCUCAGAAGGCCACACCACCAACCUCACAACCUGCCGAAUACACAGUGUCCACCAGCAAGAAGCUCACGUAUCUGGGCUUGUACUUUCUUUUGAACUUGGGCGUGACUCUCUCCAACAAAGCGCUCUUGAGGAGUGCGUCUUUCCCUUGGCUGCUCACGUUCUCCCACACGUUCUCCACCUCCAUUGGCUGUACCAUCCUCCUUGCUACAGGACAGCUCAAACUCUCCAAGCUCUCGCUGCGUGAGAACCUCACCCUCGUCGCCUUCAGCUCACUCUUCACCCUCAACAUUGCUAUUAGCAAUGUAUCCCUGGCUCUCGUCUCGGUCCCCUUUCAUCAGGUCAUGCGAUCCACCUGCCCGGUUGUCACGAUCCUCAUCUACCGACUAAUGUACAGUCGCACAUACUCGACACAGACGUACAUCUCCAUGAUACCCCUCAUUAUCGGCGUUGGACUCGCGACCUUUGGCGACUACUACUUCACUCUUGCAGGCUUCCUGCUGACGCUGCUUGGCGUCUUUCUAGCUUCGGUCAAGACCGUGGCUACAAAUCGGCUCAUGACGGGAUCCUUGAAACUGUCGGCAAUGGAAGUGCUAUUCCGCAUGUCGCCCUUGGCGGCGAUACAAUGCCUGUUCUACGCUGCUGGAUCCGGUGAAAUCACGAAAUUGCAAGCGUCAGCUUCGGGAGGCAUCUUCACGACUGGCCUGCUCUGUUCCAUUGGUGUGAAUGCAACCAUGGCAUUUGGAUUGAACUUGGUAUCGUUCCAGGCGAAUAAGGUGGCAGGAGCAUUGACAAUGUCGGUGUGUGGGAACGUCAAACAAACAUUGACGAUACUGCUGGGAAUUGUUCUCUUCGACGUGGUCAUUGCACCUCUGAACGGAUUGGGCAUGUUGGUUGCAGUGGCAGGAGCGGCAUACUACAGCAAAGUCGAGCUGGACCGGAAAAAGGCCGCUUCGACGACAUAG